AUGUUGUAUCCUAUUGUCUUUACAUUAUUUAUCAAUACUUUAUUGUCAAACGGUCUUACAUGUUACAAUUGUCGUUGUACUACUCAGCCGUGUAAUUGUACAGAUACCUCAUCAAAUCCAUUUCCCGGUACUGAAACUUAUUGUGUAAUUAUUCGGGAUAAGCUCGAUGAGGACACGUAUGAUAUUAGUUUGGAACAUAUUGAACGAAAUUCGACAAAAGUUUUUGUCAAAACUCCUCAUUAUAUAUCAGUUCAAGAAUCAAUAAUGUAUGAUGAAAGCGAAAAAUACUGGUAUACAAGACACGAUGAGAUUACCUAUGGCUGUAAUUGGGAUUUGUGUAAUAAACCCGAAAUAAUUUCGUUAUUACCAAAUAGUUUUGACUUAAGGCUCAGAAAAUCAUGGUUGGAUGAAAAUAUAUUAGAAAAUCCGACAAUAACAAGCCGAGAUUGUCACGAAUGUUCGGAUUUUGAAGUAUGUGCAGACACACAAUUUUUCAUUGAUGAAUCAAGAUGUCCUGUUAAAUCGUGUAGUGGAACUUGUUUCGUCAAAGAUAGAUUCGAUAAACCAGAUUCAACAGAAUUUUGUUAUAAUUCAAAGUGUACAGAUGAUAGCGGUCCUGGCAAUGAAAUUAAUAAACAUAAAAUAAUUUUGGAAGCAAUUUGGUAUUUAGAUGAAAAAAAAUUAGAUUUAUGGGAAAUUGAUGUAUUCUGUCGGGCAGAUGAUUGUAGUCGAAUUGAAAUCUUCGACGAAAUACGAAAAAAUCUUAUUAGUACCAUUAAUGUCGAUGAUAAAUUUUACGAUCUUUACCAACAAACUACCAACAAACCACCAACCACCGAUAAUUCACCAACAGUAUUUAUUCGUUCAACAAUCGUUUCAUUAGUCAUCAUUGGAUGGUUUAUACAAUACAUAGUAAUAAAUAAAUAA